AUGGGUGAUAAGUACGAGGAUUUAGGACCAGCAAAUGCUUUGCCACCACCGCCACCACAGCCACAGGUCAUUCCAACUACGCCAGGUCAAGAUCGCACAGAAUUAAAAUCUGCUCAAAUAGAUGGUAAAUAUACAACUGCGCAAAAGGUAUGCAUGGUGAUAUCAGGCAUACUGGCAAUGAUCUUUCUGAAGACAGCAAUUGCUGCAGUUGUUAUUCUACUCACUGGCUUCAAAAUUUUCCAAUAG